AUGGCUCCAACUGCGCAACACCUCCACAUCAUAGUGGCGCUCCUUCUCGUAUGUUCAAAUUCCAUCUAUGCUUCAGCCAAGCAUAACACCACCAACAUUUCUGCCCCUUGCCUCCCAGAUGAAGCUUCUUCCCUGCUCCAGCUAAGACGUUCCUUCACCCACGCAAACCUUUCAUCAUGGCGAGCCGGAAGAGACUGCUGCAGCUGGGAGGGCGUCGCCUGCGACAUCUCCUCUGGAAGAGUCGUCUCCCUGAACCUCGGUGUUGAUCUGCAGAUCCGGCACAUCCACCCUGCGCUCCUCAACCUCACCUCUUUGAGUAGUUUGAGCCUUGCAACCACGGGCAUUUCCGAGGGGCUCUCUUCUCUGAGUAAGCUUCCAUCACUGAAUAGUCUGGAGCUCCACGGGUCGAACUCGUGGGAUCCACAGCUAUCAUCAGUUGGUACCAUUAAGCAACUGACGUCCCUGCGCCUUCAAGCCUAUGGUUUCUCUCGAUCGUCGGUGCCUUCUUGGAUUGGCAGUCUGACGAGUUUGGUAUAUCUGCGCAUGCAUGGUUGCAAUUUCACUGGGCCGGUACCGUAUCAGAUUGGCAAUCUCCCAAAUCUGACGCUGCUGGAAUUCAAAAGUUGCAAAUACACUGGGCAACCAAUUCCUUCAUGGAUUGGAAAUCUUUCAAGACUCACCCAGUUGGAGAUACAAGGUUGUGAAUCCUCGGCUGGGUUGAUUCCGUCAACAAUUGGAGACUUGACCCAGCUUGAAGUUAUACGGCUAGGGUACAACAACCUUGUCGGGAAAAUUCCAAAAUAUGUGUUCGCUCUUCCAUCACUGCAAGUGCUUUGCCUAAACAACAAUCUACUUUCUGGUCAUCUUGAAGACAUUCCUUCCCCGGUAUCGUCACCGUUGUCUACUAUUGAUUUGAGCACCAACCAGCUAACUGGCAAUAUUCCAAAAUCAAUCCUUCAGCUUAAACUGCUUGACCAUCUCAACCUUGGGUCAAAUAGAUUGUCGGACACAAUCACACUAAGUUCUUUAUGGAGGUUGAAGAGCCUACAUUUCCUUAGUCUGUCUAAUAACAAAUUAUCAAUCAUCGCAGACCAAGAAGUGGAUGCUUCAAACUCUCUUCCUAACAUCCACUGCUUAUACCUUGCAUCCUGCAACCUCACAAAAUUUCCAAGCUCACUAAGAUAUCUAGAUAAAAUUUCUGUUCUUGACCUUUCAAGUAAUCAAAUUGAUGGUGUAGUGCCAAGUUGGGUAUGGGAGAAUUGGAAGGACCAGCUUGAGAGUUUGAACCUCUCACGUAACAUGUUCACUACUUUGGAGAAGUCUCCUUCUCUGGUUCAUAUGUCACGUCUAGAUGUUCUUGACCUCAGCUUUAAUAGACUCCAAGGAAGCAUACCAAUACCGGUAACUGCAAGGCCUGGAAAUGUGUUGGACUAUUCAAAUAAUAACUUCUCUUCCAUUGUACCUAACUUUGGAAGAUAUAUUAGAAGUUUCUAUCUCAAUUUGUCCAAGAAUAAAUUAAAUGGUCAUGUACCAUCUUCCAUCUGCGGUGCAAGCGAACUCAAUAUCAUGGACUUGUCUUACAAUAAUUUUAGUGGAUCGAUCCCGUCAUGUCUUAUAGAAAGGGGAAGCCUGGCUGUGCUGAAGUUGAGAGAAAAUAAAAUCAAUGGGACAUUGCCUGAAAAUAUUAGAGAAGAAUGCAAGCUUCAGACACUAGAUCUGAAUGGAAAUCAAAUUCAGGGCAGACUACCUAGAUCAUUGUUAAAUUGCCAAGAGUUGUCGGUUCUUGAUGUUGGCAACAAUCAGGUCGUUGGUUCUUUUCCAUCUUGGUUGGGUAUUCUUCCAAAUCUUCGGGUCCUUGUCUUACGGUCCAACCAGCUCAAAGGCACAAUAAGAAAUAUCAAGGGUGGCGAUAGCAUCAUCAACCACUUCUCAAGUUUACAAAUACUUUGUUUGUCUUCCAAUAAAUUCUCUGGAAGCCUACCAAAAGGAUGGUUCAACACAUUUACAGCAAUGAUGGAAAAUAUCAAUGAGGAUGGACGAGUUUUAGGUUACUACCCAAACACGACGCACGGAUUUUAUCAAGAUACUAUUACCAUCACUCAUAAGGGGUCCGAUCUUACUUUCACCAAAAUUCUGACCACUUUCAAAGCAAUCGAUUUCUCAAAUAACUCAUUUGAUGGUCCUGUUCCAGAGUCAAUUAGGAGUCUUGUUUCACUUCAUGGGAUUAAUAUCUCAUCCAACAACUUCACAGGACAAAUUCCGUCUACUUUGAGUAACUUGUCUCAGAUGGAGUCAUUGGAUCUCUCCCAGAACCGACUUUCAGGGGAGAUACCACAAGAGUUAACAUCUCUAACCUCUCUUGCUUGGUUGAAUCUUUCACACAACAACUUGAUUGGAAGAAUACCGCAGAGCAACCAGUUCUUUUCAUUUCCCAAUAGUUCAUUUGAUGGUAAUAUGGGCCUAUGUGGAAGUCCACUCUCUAAAGAAUGUGAAUCUACAGGUUCAAUUGCCACAAGUACAUUGACCCAUCAUGAACCUAAUAAUUUGUGGCAGGAUAGACUUGAUGCCAUCCUGCUCUCCACCUUUGUUGGGCUGGGGUUUGGCGUGGGCUUUUCAUGGGCAAUUUUGUUCACGAUUUGGCCACAUAAAAGGAUGGGCCGAAAGCAUAGGUAA